AUGGAACAGCAGCAAGCUUUGACGGACGACUCCUGGGGCCAGCGCGUGGAGGAGAUGGGUGCUCAAGUCCCAAUCACAACCCAGCUACCCUGUGGUCUAGAGGGCAUAGAAUGCGCGGAGCCACAUCAGCGCGAAGACGAGUUUCCCAUCUCAGCUGGGAACCAGCCUAGUCAAAUUCAUCUGGCUGGUGAAACUUUGACAAUGGGGGCGCAAGGUCAAGACCAGGUAGAACACGUGGGAAAAGUAGAUUAUCAGGCUCUCAAAGUACUCCCCAUUGGAGGCGAAUCACUAAUGCCAGUGAUCGACCUUAUGGAUAACGGACUACAGACAGACACGUCGCAAACCGCCGAAGACGUGCCACUGGUUGUACCUAUUGAGGGCGAGUUCAAGACAAUACGACCCCCGCAGACAGACCAGUGCGGGACACAGCAAGUAGAGUCAACGGAUGAAAAUAGCUGGGGACGUAGAUAA